CCCCCUGUGUCUAUCCUUGUAGCCUCGCGGCCUGAACUUAGGCUGAAGCAAACGUCGUGUAGGUUUGGAGGCCCUUGGCGCCGUAUCCAAGCUCGCAACAGUAAAACACAAGUUCGUAAAAAGAAACCCUAGUGGCGUGCCAAUCGCACACACAGCCUUGCAAUGCCCCUUGCAGGCGAUUCGGUUGUCCUCCUAACUGCGGGCGGCGGUUAUGUAUUUGCCGAUUGUAAAACUGGGAUUAAGCUACGAAUUAGCAAAGCAAACUGUAAGGCCGACUCACUAAUCUCAUCGCAGUAUGGUGCUUUGUUCGCAGUGGCAGCCGAGGGGAAGCUCAUGCCAGCGAGCCGCAACAUUCUGGAUCCAUGCGCAUUAUUAGCGGGAAAUCGCAGGAUGAGUAGCAUGCAUUCGGGAAGUAACGAUAAUCGUUACCUGAAUGAUGACAACAAAGCUCAAAUCGUGAAUCCGAUGACCCUCCAGGCGAUGAAAACGAGAGGUGACUCUGGUCUGGCAAUAAUUGAGGCUCUUGCCUUCGGGAGUUCAACAUGGGGUGUAAAGACCAAAUACUCCAAAACGAAGUGGCUUAAGCGCAAGGCAAAGAAGUACAUGCCUUGGGUGCAGGUUUUAGAACCUACUGCCUUUGUCCUCGCCGAAGCUUACUUUACACGGAUGACCAAGCACAAAGAGGCCGUCAGACCGGACGUAAUUGCACAACUUGUAGCUCGAAGUAAUACGAGGCCUGGAAGUCGUGUUGUUGUGAUGGACACAUUCCAUGGCGUUGUACUAAGUGCGGUCGCAGAGUUGGUGGGUCCACAGGGCAAAACCAUAUUUUCCCCUAGCGACUUACAAGCUCCAAUGAAAACUGUUUCAAAAGCAGACGUACACUCUAUGGGCCAAAGAGCGUCACUUCCCAAAGUUAUUAAUUUGAAAACACGUAACGCUGAGGCCGCUGAUGUAAUUCAGAAUUGCGAGAUAGCCCCACGAUUGCAGCAUUUCCGCAGCAAGGUGGAUGCUCUGGUUGCCACCGAGCGAAUUUCCAUCUUUAUUUUUGACUCUGAGUCCUAAGGGGGGUUCUCAUGUAUCUAUCCUUAGGUUCUUGCCUCUAGACACGAGCCUCUUAGCAUCCUUAAAACCCUACUUCCUCUGCUUCGUGUUGGCGGCUCAUUCGUGAUUUAUUCGGAGCACGUCGAACCACUCACACGUGUGUUUAUUUGGCUUAGGGUAUCUAAAGCUGCCGUUAAUUUAAGACUCACGGAAGUUUGGCAAAGGGAGUUCCAAGUUUUAACAAGCUGCUCUCAUCCAGCCAUGACCACGUCCGGAAAUGCAGGAUACAUUCUUUCGGCCAUGAAGAUACCCGAGCGAGUGUAGCUCCGGCCUCUCACUUCGUAAGGCUGUGCGCGCACAUACGCGUCCUUCCUCUCUCCCGCACGCCCUGGGUCUACCGAGGCGGACACGAUGCACUACGUGUAGAAAUUGGCAGUUACUAGUAGGCGACGGCGAGAGAUCAUGACGUGACAUGACGCGUGAGGAACUUACAAGCACCACUUUCAUUGCCGCCGCGACCUGCAUUCGCCAAAAUAUUCGCCAAAAUGGUUUAAGAGAAGCGUCCGUUCGGGUUCAAGAUCUCGAAGGAUAACAUAUCCCGUCGGCGGUCCUUUGGGGGAGAAUCCUGACUUGAGUAGCCAAUUUUUAGGUCCGAUUCCAAGUUGCCCUUUAGCUCAAAUUAGAAUGAAUUAGCCUGCGACGCUUAAGACUCCUUGGAGACUUCGAAAUUCAUAGGCGGGUUAACCCGCGCAAUUGUCGACGUUGCGGUAUUUGGCGCAAUGAGCGUACAGCCAAGCGCCGACCAAUGGCGGGAAAAUUUUGCUGAGGCGCAGGUUCCGUAUGCUAAAAUAAUGGGCUGCGCGAAGUUUUGUACCGUGCAGGCAGCCUCGCGCUGAGAAAGCAGCUGCGACGCGGUGCGAUGGUCCGACAUAAAACCCGCCCGGAACGCAAUCGCUCCAACAGACUGGAGAAAUCGGCCUCUAAUUCUUCACUCAUUAUUUCCUGUCGUUAAAUAUCCAUCUUUAAA